AUGAGUAAAACAUAUAGUAAGCGAAAAAAAUAUUUCAUUAUAACGACUGUUAUCGUCUUGAUUAUACUUAUGGUCGCUAAAUUAUAUACUUCGAAUAAUUCUGGAAACAACUUUCAAGAAGUAAUACAAAGUGUUCCUAAUGAAAAAUUGCUUGGGCUUACCAACUUCAUAUCAAAUGAAAAUGAAAAAACGCAAGAUGCCUUUUUCAAAAAGCUUUCAAAAAUCACUAUUGAUAUGAUUCAGAAACAAGAUGAGAGAUUGAAAAAGCUAGAGCAACAAAACGAAUUAUUACUUCAAGAACUUCAUUCCCUUAAAUUGCCUCCUCAGUCAGCAUCAUUGAGAGAAAAAUUAGUUUUUCUUUAUCCUUACGAUCUAACGACCAGGUUCCCAGGGUAUGUUUGGCAAUCAUGGAAGUAUGGAUUAAAUGAUGAUCGAUUUGAUUCAAGGUUUAGAGAAGGGGAAAUACAAUGGGCAAACAAAAAUCCGGGCUUUGUUCAUGAGAUAUUCAAUGAUGACACUGCUCAUGCUGUCAUCAGACAUUUAUACAAACAGAUUCCAGAGGUUGGAGAAGCAUAUAAAUUAUUACCUGAGGUUAUACUAAAAAUGGACUUUUUUAGAUACUUGAUUCUUUUUGCUAAAGGUGGUGUGUAUGCCGAUAUUGAUACCUAUCCCUUACAACCGAUUCCCAACUGGAUCCCUCAGAAUGUUAGCCCUGAAGAGUUAGGAUUAAUAAUUAGCAUAGGAUCUGAUUCCAAUUCUCCAAAUUGGAGAUUAGAAAGUGCUCGACGUUUACAAUUUGGUCAGUUUGUGAUACAAGCAAAACCUGGACAUCCCAUAUUGCGAGAAAUGAUUGCUCAAAUAGUAGAAGAAACUGUGUCAAAGAGUAAAGAUUCGAAUCCAGAUGCAAUUCACUUAACUGGUUCAUCAAACCAGAAGAAUUUAAAAAUCUUAAAGUGGACUGGAAGUGGUCGAUGGACAGAUAUUAUAAUGAACUAUUUUAAUGACUAUAUUCAAAGCUCUAUUUAUCAAAAGGUUACAUGGAAGGAUUUCCAUGAGUUGAAGGUACCGAAACUAGUUAGCGAUGUUCUAGUAUUGCCCUUGGAGUCAUUUAGUUCAGAGAUUGACAUCCCCAAGGAUGGCAAAAUUGGGGAUCCUUUGGCAUUCGUAAAGCACUAUGCGGCAAAUAUUUGGAAAUCCAGUUGA